AUGGAAUCGACCACGGAUUCUUUCACCCCUCCCACGGAGGCUUUAGCAAGUAACCAAACGCAGAAUUGGUUAAAACUCUUCCGCUUCAGCCUUCAGGACGAUGAAUCAACAAUCUUUUUCAUUCUUAUUUGCAUCAUUAUCGGACUUGGUGUGAUCUUCAAUCUCACGAUAUUUAUUUUAUGCACGUGCUACAAAAGGAAAUAUUGGCGCAGACAUGAUCUCUAUACAUCCAACUACAUCUACAGGAUAUCAGACAUGCUAAACUCCAUGCAGCAGUCAGAGCUAUCUUCGCUAGUAAAGACCGAUGCCACCCGACCGAUAUGCUUUCUGGCCAUGGCAAUCCAAGCACGGCUUAGGUACAUGCACAUUAUCUACAUGAAUGCUUUGUUCAACCUAGCAGCUUGUAGCUUUUUCCUCCCUUUUGUGGCAAUGCGUAUUUGUGAUUACAAAAAUGUGGAGUGGAUUCAUAGUGAUCAAUUUCUUUUUCUCUGUCAAGCCUUGAGCGUCUUUCAGGUGAACUUCCUCUCCUUCACUCUUUUAGUGAAUACAAGCAUAGUGUUUGUUAGCACUGUCUUUCCGCCUCAAUUCACCCUCAAGAAGACCUCCUUUGUCGUACUUUUGGCAAUAAUCCUGCUUCUCUGUCUAGUUCACAUGACCUGUGCCCUAAUUUUAACCAUAAACCGCAUGAGUGAAGGUCUCUUCUCUGCUGAAGAAAGCUCGUUUGAAAAUCGUGUAGAAGCUCUAAAAAUUGUGUUGAUUGUCACUCUCGGUGUCUUCAUAGGCACAUUUGUAUUCACUGUGAUUCUCCAAUUUCUUGUACACUGCCAAAUAUGCAGUGCUCGCUCCUAUUUGGAUUACCUUGACGACAGACCGGUUGUCGACCUGUGGAUAGAGAUUCUCCGAGAUUGCAGCAACCACGCAAUCAUCCUCUUCCUGGCUUCACUAGUCUUCUAUGCUCUUGAGACACCGGCCUUCCUCCUCAUCUACAAUAUCAUCUCCUCGCAUUGGUGGAUACUGCUGUGCCAUUGUUCCGUGCACAUGUUCAAUGCCCUUAUCCAUUUGCCCUUGUGUUCACAACUUCGACAUCCGUUUGAUAAAAGCACGGCUCGUGCCUGUCGUGAAGAGUGCCACAGGUUGACUAGCCACCGUAAACAUAAAACGGUGACAGUUUCGGAGAUAAGGGAAUAA